UUCCCUGGACUGCCUCAAGGUGUUUGAUGGGAUCCCACCACCCUAUGACAAGAAAAAGCGAAUGGUGGUUCCAGCUGCCCUCAAGGUGGUACGCCUGAAGCCUACACGAAAGUUUGCUUACCUGGGGUGUCUGGCUCAUGAGGUUGGCUGGAAGUACCAGGCAGUAACAGCAACCCUGGAGGAGAAGAGGAAGAAGAAGGCCAAGAUCCAUUAUCGGAAGAAGAAACAGCUUAUGAGGCUACGGAAACAGGCCGAAAAGAAUGUGGAGAAAAAAAUUGACAAAUACACAGAGGUCCUCAAGACCCGUGGACUCCUGGUCUGAGCCCAAUAAAAUUGACUUAUUCAUCAUGAAAAAAAAA